CUGCUCCGUGUAGAACAACAGGCUACCUCCCUCAGUCCUGUGAUGCUGCACAGCAAGGGAACAAAGGAAACAACAGAAGCUUUGAACCAAUUUUGCCAUCUAAGAAAGAGCCAUAAAAUCAAAAUCAACAUGGGAUCCUAGAUAAGAAAAUCAUUGUGACAGCAUCUUUUUGUUAUUGAUUACAUUCUAGUCAUCUAGGAAAUGUGUUGUCAACACAUAACUCUGUUGAUGACCUCAGGUUUUUAGUUCAAGAAGGUGAUGUUUUUCCGUGUUCAGUCGAGCUACCGCUAUCAGGAUUUUUUUGUAUCUUGUAAGCAUAUUAGGAGUCUGAUGUUUUGCUUUGAGGGAGGCUGCUUGUGACAGAGCGGUGCUGCUGUGAGUGGGGAUGUGGAAUAAAACAUGCACAUAACUAGAGGAGUUCAGUCUGCCUCAGUAUCACUGACAGGGCAGUCCUUUCUCCAGCGCACAGCCCUGCAGCAGCUCUACACUGUCCUCAUGUGGCACUAGUUACUGACUGGCAGACUUGUCAGCGCAGCCAGGGGCCGACUGAAGCUGAAACUCCAGCUGCGCCAUGGCUUCAUUGGACAAUGAUGAAACUGGGAGUGAUAUGUCCGAGUCUCUGGAGAUCUGUGAGCUCCAGGACCAAUACAUGGAGCCAGAGAACUGCUUCAAGUCCAAAAGUCUACCAAUCCUGAAUGAACCUUGUCAACAGGGUGGCAAGGCUGCUGAGCCUCGGCUGGUCAGCACAGCCCACACUUGUGUGGCCCUAGAGGACAGUUGCGGGCUUCAUCCUAAAACCCCAGACUCCAGCCAGGAAGAAUCCCCCUCCUCCAGAACAGACUUCUCCCCCUCUAUGUCCAGUAUGGUGGGGCUCAGCAGUUCCCUGCCUGUGGAGGGCCACAGGGCCAAAGGCUCCGGUGGCAGAAAAUUUGGAUUCUCCAUCACCCGCCUUAUCCGCAUCCCGGCUAGAAGGUAUGUGCGGGUCAUCCUGAGCGACUCGCGCUGCUUCUUGUUCUGCAUGUGCUACUUGACCUUCAUCCAGUCCCUGAUGGUCUCGGGCUACCUGAGCAGCGUCAUCACCACCAUUGAGAAGCGCUACAGCCUGCGCAGCUCCGAGUCCGGCCUGCUGGUCAGCUGCUUCGACAUCGGCAGCUUGCUGGUGGUCGUCUUCAUCUCGUACUUCGGCGGUAGAGGUCAGAGGCCACGCUGGCUGGCUGUGGGGGGUGUUGUGAUCGCUGUAGGCGCAGCGCUGUUUUCCCUUCCCCACUUCAUCUCACCACCUUACCAGAUCCAAGAGAUGAACUCCUCAGCGGGCCACGAAGGCCUUUGUCAGAGCAGCAACAACAGCGGCCGUGAACUGCUGGACGUGGCAUCGUGCCCUCGCGACCAGGAGGGCAAUGAGCACAACCUGUAUGUGGCACUGUUCAUCUGUGCCCAGAUACUCGUGGGCAUGGGGUCAACGCCAAUCUACACCCUGGGACCCACCUACCUGGACGACAAUGUGAAGAAAGAAAAUGCAUCUCUGUAUUUGGCCAUCAUGUAUGUGAUGGGAGCCCUUGGACCCGCAGCUGGCUACCUGCUUGGAGGUGUCCUUAUCGGUUUUUAUGUUGACCCCAAGACUGUUGUCAACAUAGACCAGAAUGAUCCUCGAUUUGUUGGAAACUGGUGGAGUGGUUUUCUCUUGUGUGCCAUAGCUAUGCUUCUGGUCAUCUUCCCCAUGUUUGCCUUCCCUAAAAAGCUGCCGCCACGCCACAAAAAGAAGAGGAAGAAGAAGAAGAUUGGCUCACCGGGUGACGUGUCCAGUGAUGAUGACGUGAUGAAGGAAAAGUCCAAUAGCAAAAGCCAAAAUGUUUCCUCCUCCAUGGGCUUUGGAAAGGAUAUUAAAGACCUUCCCAAGGCAGCACUGAGGAUCCUCAGCAACAUGACCUUCCUGUUCGUCAGCCUGUCCUACACAGCAGAGUGUGCCAUUGUCACCGCCUUCAUCACCUUCAUUCCCAAGUUUAUUGAGUCACAGUUUGGUAUCCCUGCCUCCAAUGCUAGCAUAUACACAGGUGUGAUCAUCGUACCCAGUGCCGGGGUGGGCAUCGUGCUGGGGGGCUACAUCAUCAAGAAGUUGAAGCUCGGCGCAAGAGAGUCGGCCAAGCUGGCCAUGAUCUGCAGCGGGGUGUCUCUUCUGUGCUUUUCCACUCUCUUCAUAGUGGGCUGCGAGAGCAUUAAUCUAGGAGGCAUCAACAUACCCUACACCACUGGCCCGACUCUGACGAUGACCCACAGGAACCUGACGGGCAGCUGCAACGUGAACUGCGGCUGCAGGAUCCACGAGUACGCUCCAGUCUGCGGCUCUGACGGCAUAACCUACUUCAACCCCUGUCUGGCUGGAUGCAGCACCGUCGGCAACGACAGCACUGGGAUCAGGAACUACACCGACUGUGGCUGCGUGCAGAGCAGGCAGGUCAUCACCCCGUCCUCCGGCAGCCAGGUCAACCAGCUCCAGCUCGUCAUUGUUAAAACGUACUUGAACGAGAACGGCUACGCAAUGUCAGGGAAGUGUGAUCGCACCUGCAACACGCUCAUCCCUUUCCUGAUCUUCCUCUUCAUUGUCACCCUCAUCACUGCCUGUGCCCAGCCCUCGGCUAUCAUCGUCACACUCAGGUCCGUUGAUGAACAAGAGAGGCCUUUUGCUCUUGGGAUGCAGUUUGUCUUACUCCGAACUCUUGCCUACAUACCGACGCCCAUUUACUUCGGUGCUGUGAUCGACACCACCUGCAUGCUAUGGCAGCAGGACUGCGGCGUGCAUGGCUCCUGCUGGGAGUACGAUGUGACCUCGUUCCGCUUUGUCUACUUCGGCCUGGCUGCCAGCCUGAAGUUCGUUGGCUUCGUCUUCAUCUUCCUCACCUGGUACUCAAUCAAGCACAAGGAGGCGCGAGCUGAGCGCUGGCGUCAGCGCCUGCCUCCACUGGGUACCGUCAGCGAGCUCGUAUGCCACGCCGGAGGCCAGAAGAGCCACGCGCGCACCCGUUCCUGCCCCGUGUUCAUCCCGCCUCGGCCCGAGCCGCCAGCCGCCCUCCUGCUUAACCGCGGCCACAGCAGCCUCAGCUGCCCAGGCAACGCCCUCAAAGCAAUAACUCCCCCAAUCUUGCUGCCACAUCACCACCGAGGCUCUGCCCACGUCUGAGAGCGCGCCGGUUUCAUAGUGACACGUGCCUUCCUGUCUGUGCAUUUGCACGACACGGCGUCUGCUCACCACACCAGUCAGACGCCAAGCGGGGGCUCCGCCACUGCUGUAGGACAGACAGGCAGAGACACAAGUGAACCCACCACACCUAAAGGGCUGCUCGUCCUUUACGAUGACAGGAGAGCGAAAGAUGUUCUUUACUCAAGAGCAUAUCAUCAGCUGCAGCCACACAGAAGGUCAGACCUCCAGGUUUGGACGCUAUAAAGACAUCUCAUGGUGCUACUGUUAAAGGGCAGGGCAUUAUCAUUAUGUACAGUCAGAUGACUCAUCAUCAACACAGCGUCUAAAGCACAACCUGUACUAUGCAAGCUCCUGUGUACAGCUCCUCCCUUCUCAGUACUGUACAGCUCCCUCUGUAUUCCACAUCUGUACCUCCUCUGCUCCACCCAUACCACCACGCUGUUGUCCAUUCUUUGAUAAUCCCAUUUUCACUUGCAGGUUAAGCAUACUCUUGUGCAUUUGAACCUUUUGCACCUGUUCUCUCGUCUGGUGUUGUCCACAUCUUCAGUGGGAGUGCUUUCUAAUCCUUUCACCUCCUUCUUCAUUUUAUUUUCUUAACAGUGCCUCUCAGGCUGCCUCGGCCAGUCCAGUAUAAAAGGCUAGCUACCAGGGUAAACGCUAGCUACUAAAAAGCCAGUCAUUUCUUCUUCAGCUGGGCGACAGCACUUAUUGGUCGUCACAGAUGAUCGUCUGCAAGUUAACCAUGUAGCUCAAAGCAGGCAAAGACCAGUUGGUACAGUGUAGAAUGACUAUAGGCAAGAAAAUGAUAUUUCAUAGCAAGUGGUGUUAUUAAAAUGUUAUUUGUCAGGCGGCAAAAAGAAGAAAGGAAAUAAGAACGGUACAUUAUCUCUUACCAUGUGCUGAAGUUACUGAAUGUCCCAAAGAUGUGACAGUCGGAUUUAUUUUUAAAGUGGCAAAACCCCCGUUUACUUUAACCCCUUUUUAAAAGCGUCGUCUUCAGAGUAAAACGGUUUGUAUGGAAUGAACCUGCAGAUGAACACAUGUGUAAUUUUGGCUUUGUAUUGUAAAGGCGUCUCCAUACUACUGAUCAUCAGAUGUACAUAGUAGUAUUUUAGAAUAUAAAAGUAGCAGUGCAGCAAGCUUGACCCCUUAUGUCAGUUAUUGGGCGUUUGGGGCCAUCUAGUGGACACAGAAUGAUUGCGCGUGAAGGCCAGUGAAUGUUGCUGUUUGUCAGACCUACUGUACUAUGAAAUUAUGAAAUUAUGGGUUUCUAAGUUAAUCACUGCUCUGGAUUAAUUGCUUCAGACCCCCAAAGGUUAUAAUCGAGAGAACAGAUGAUCUGCUGUCUUGGAUAUUUAUUUAUUUAAGUCAGAUGUUUAAAUUCUUUCUGGCAAAGUCUGCUGUGUUUCCCGUAACACUGGGCUUGUGUUGUUUAAGUAAAUUAUAACUUGACUUCCUCUAAUCAGGAGGCGGGGAACACUGAAGCCUUGUUGCAUUCUGAUGUUAGAAAUAUAUAAAAGUGCAUUGAAAAACUCAAAUGUGAGACUUUUUUUUUUUAAAACCACAUUUUUAGAAGUAUCUUUUUCUCCACGUGCGAGGGGAUACAUAAGUCUAAUAAAAGUAACAGUAUUUUAUAUUCUGAUUGGUAUGAGUUAACAGCCCUGCCACUUAAAGAUUAUCAUAGGUAGAUCAAAGAUGAAUUUUUAGUGUUACCGUGACUUCAAAUGAAAUAAGUCAUCAUUGUGUAAAUAUUAAAGCAAAUGAAUCAUAUUAUAGAGCUCACGUGUAGUUAGAAGCAUAUUUAUAAACUAAUCCAUGAUGUUGUAGUUAAAAAGGUAAAAAAAAUUCUUAAAGCUAGAAAAAGAAAAAAAAAAGUGGUUGAACAGUAUUAUUCACACGGGAAGGUUCAUUUUACAUCACAAAGGGGGAAAGGUUGGGAUUAUUGAACUGUUAUCUGUCAACUGAACAUAAUAAAUUAAAAUGUUUAAACUAUGCUUCCCAGAAUGUCCUCCUAUGUUAUGAUUCUCUGCUCUUCUUCCCCUGGGUCGUAUUCAUCACGCACUCUAAAGAGGACUAGCAACGUAGGAUUACAAAUCAUCUACUCACUUACUGUGAUUGCUGCUCAUGAAACUCUGUUCUGUUCCUUAAAACCUGUGCAAAAAUACCAUAGGAAUAUGUUCACUGCAAGGCAGAACAGUAACAUUUCCAAAAUAUUACUUAGCCCAAGGCCUUCUGUGUUCUUAAAAUGCGAUUUUUAUUUUUAUUAAAGCAUGAAACCAUCUCUUUGAGGUGAAGCAAACUGCUCUCCUUGCAGGGAAGGCUAGAGAAUCAUCCGGCAAUGCCGCACCAAGGCGGCGAUUUCUGACUUUGCUGUACUGUACACACACUUGGAUUUCAGUGUCCUGCUGUUCAAAUGUCUGGAUUGCUACUGGCACAGAUGACUUUGUGUUGACUGCGAGAUUUGCUUUCUUUCUUUUUUCUUUUCUUCAGUAUUUACACUGAAAGUGAGUUUCCUGUACUCUCCAAGUUGAGCUUUUAUUGCUUUGUGUUCCUCAGGAGCAAAAGUCUAAUUACUGUUUGUGAACACUUGAUUUACAAAUGCCUUGAAUACUUGAUAUUUGUCAUUCAAAUAAAU